AUGAGCUUGCCGAGGGACCACCAUUCUCAUUGUCCUCGGGAAGUGAUGACCGCAAGACUGGACGUCUUGGGUAGCUCCUCCACGAAUGCCACCUUCUUUGGUACCAUGAACCCCGGCAGCCUCUCCCGGCAGUGCCGCACGAUCUCCGCUUCAUUGACCUCUGGUUCCCCUUUCUGUAGUUUCACGAAGGCGCAUGGGCUUUCCCCCCAUCUUGGAUGUGGCAUCGCCACCACCGCCGCCUCCACCACCAUCGGGUGCUCAUACAAUGCUGCCUCCACCUCUACGCUGCUUAUGUUCUCCCCUCCCGAUAUGAUCACGUCCUUCAACCGGUCCUUGAUUUCCACGUACCCAUCUGGGUGGACCACCCCAGCAUCACCAGUGUGGAACCACCCGCUGCCCCCUCGGAAGGCCUCCUGA